AACAAAAGGCAAACUUCAAUAUUUGCCGAAUUGGCUUUUCGCUAUAAUUAUCUACUUGUAUAAUAAUAAUCGUUUAUUUUAUUAAAUAAUGAUUGUAUUUAUAAUUCAAUUUGUAUUUAAUAGUGUUAGUUGAAGUUCAACGCCACUUAUAGCUUGGUUUAUGUGCACAAAAUGUGUGGAGUGUAGCCGCAUAAAAACUCAUAUCGGCAAGAAAGAGGUGUUUCUCUAAGAAGAGCCUUCAAUAUGAGGAUCAGAAGGCUGUCUGCUGUGUUCUGGUCUGUGAGCAUCCUCGCCUUCAUCUUCAUACUGUAUGUGGUCACUGACUUAAGCUUUAAACUGCCAAGUAUCAGGCCGGCUGGUCCCGAUUUUGAUGAUAGCAAAUGGUCAAAAUUUGAAUCAAAGUUGCGACGCAUAGAGAAUGAGUUGAUGCAACAUGAGACUGUGGUUGGUGAGAUCAAAUCAGCGGUGAGUCAUAUGGUGGAUAAAGUUCCAUAUAGGCCUCCGCAAGUUCGACUCACUGUUGAAAAGAAGAAGAAGAAGCAUAGGGAGUACACAGCAGUAGGACAGGAGCCACCAAUCAAAAAGUCAGCAGAGAGCCCAGAUGUGUUGCUGGAAUUACCAAUCAAGCUCAACAUUUCAUCGUGCCCGAUACAGAAAGAGUCUGUACCCAAAUCGGAUGUACAGAUGCUCUCAAUGUACGAGCGGAUAAUGUUUGAUGACGUGGACGGCGGGGUGUGGAAACAAGGCUGGAACCUCGAGUACAACGACAAACAAUGGAACCAGGCCAACAAGCUGCAGGUGUACAUCGUGCCGCAUUCCCACAACGACCCUGGUUGGAUAAAAACCUUCGAGAACUACUACAAGACGCAGACGAAGGCGAUCUUCAACAACAUGGUGGAGAAGCUGGCGGAGGUGCCUGGUCGCAAGUUCAUCUGGGCGGAGACCAGCUACUUGGCGCUGUGGUGGGCGCUCGACGCCAACGACCAGACCAAAGCCGCUUUCAAAAAGCUUCUAAACUCCGGCAACAUAGAGAUAGUGACGGGCGGGUGGGUGAUGAAUGACGAGGCCAACUCCCACUGGUUGUCAGUCGCCCAGCAGCUCACCACGGGUCACCAGUGGCUACUCCACAACUUGGAAUACGUACCCAAGAACGCCUGGGCCAUAGACCCCUUCGGCCACUCCAGCACGCAACCAUACCUCCUUAAAUUGGCCGGGUUUGAGAAUUCUGUGAUACAACGAGUACAUUACAGAGUGAAGAAGGAACUGGCAAUGAACAGGCAGCUUGAGUUCAAAUGGAGGCAGGCGUGGGAUGGUGUCGGAAAAACAGACAUGUUCACACAUAUGAUGCCGUUCUAUUCGUACGACGUGCCACACACCUGUGGGCCGGACCCUAAGAUAUGCUGUCAGUUCGACUUUAAACGGUUGCCAGGCAACGGAGUCACGUGUCCGUGGGGAAUACCCCCGAGGAAGGUCAUCCAGAAAAAUGUUGAAGAGAGAUCGUUCCUGAUCCUGGACCAGUGGCGCAAGAAGGCCCAGCUGUACCGCAGUAACGUGGUGCUCGUACCACUCGGAGACGACUUCCGCUACGACCGCGCCAACGAGUGGGACAACCAAUAUCGCAGCUACGAGAUGAUCAUGUCUUACAUCAACAACAACAACGACUUGAACGCCGAGGUACAAUUCGGUACCCUAGAAGACUAUUUCAAGGCGCUCCACGCGGAGGUGAAGGCGUCCGAGUUCCCUGUGUUGUCCGGAGACUUCUUCACAUACGCGGACCGCGGCCAGCACUACUGGAGCGGAUACUACACCUCCCGCCCCUUCUACAAGAACAUGGACCGCGUGCUACUGGCUUAUGUCAGGGCGGCGGAGAUCAUAACGAGCCAGGCGGCGUCCACCGCGGCGGUACCGGCGCUGUUGGCGCUUCAGCUGCGGGACCGCGUGGCGCACGCGCGACGAGCGCUCGCGCUGUUCCAGCACCACGACGGCGUCACGGGCACCGCGCGCGACGAGGUGCGCGAGGACUAUGCUAAGAAAAUGCUAGCAGCAAUAAAGGACAGCCAAUCGGCGAUCCAACAAGCGGCGUACUUCCUCCUGAAACAGCCGCCGAUCAUCGACAAGACGCAAGAAGACGUGUUCUUCGACGUUGACGACAUAUGGCAGCGACACGAUGAGAUCCCUUCGAGGAUCACUAUCACUUUGGACGUGAUGUCCCCUGCUCGUCGGCUGGUCUUAUAUAACGCGCUGGCGUUCAAACGGACUGAGAUACUGACUGUAAUUGUCUCUACGCCGCAUGUUGAGGUGUUCGAUGGUGAAGGCUCGCCGAUAAUGGCUCAGAUCUCGCCGGUGGUGACAGGCGAGCACCGGCUGGCCAUCUCCGCGGGCAAGUACCAGCUGUCGUUCCCGGUCACCGUGCCCGCGCUCGGCCUCGUCACGUACUCCGUCGCGCUCCGAGACAGCACCGCUAUCAACAAGUACACGUCAUACGCGCGCGUCCGCAUCUACAACGCGGACUACUGGGCGGUGGAGCUGCCGAAGAUGUUCGCGGUGGAGCAGGCGGCGGCGCGGCUCGCGGCCGACGUGGCGCUGCAGGCCGGGCAGGGGCCGCGGCUGCUGCUGGACCCGCGGGGGCUGCUCAAGGCCGUGCACAACCCCGGCAGGGAAACCACGCCGCUUAACAUGGAGUUUGUGCUAUACAAAUCCCAGAACACUCCGGACAACAACAGCGGCGCGUACCUGUUUAUCCCGGAGGGGCCGGCGAGCCCCCUGAGUCCGGACGCGUACCCUGAGAUUGUUAUCACUGAGGGCCCUCACAAGGCCACGGCGUAUACUUCGCUGCUUGGCCCGCGCGCUGCUGAAGUGCUAUUGGCGAUAACAGUGUACAACAACCCGUCGCUGCCACAGACCGAGGUGGAAGUAAGCUCCACGGUGCUGGUAGACCCAGCAGUGGACGAUAUAGAGCUGGCAAUGCGGCUGUCUUCUCGCGUACAUAAUGAAGAUGUCUUCUACACAGACCUCAAUGGCAUGCAGAUGAUCAAACGUCGCUACUUCGAGAAGCUGCCGCUGCAAGCCAACUUCUACCCGCUGCCGGCCGCGACAUAUAUCGAGGACGAGGUGACGCGCCUCACCGUGCUCACCUCCACGCCGCUCGGCAUGGCCGCCCUGCAGCCUGGACAGAUCGAAAUAAUGCAAGACCGCCGCCUGAGCCGCGACGACAACCGCGGCCUCAACCAGGGCGUGCUGGACAACGUGCGCACGCGGCACACGUUCAAGAUCAUCGUUGAACGGGCCAAUGAACCUUGCACGAAGCGUCCGCCAGCAGAGCACCCCAGCGGGCAGCUGUCCCUGGGCGCGCACGUGGCGCAGCAGCUGGCGCUGCAGCCGCUGGUCACCAUGCACUACAGCGCGCGCCACGACGCGCCGCGCGCCGCCUACAGCCGCCCGCGGCCCGCCGCCGCCGACCUCGUGCUCGCUGCCUUCCACUCGCAUGCGCUCUCACAGACUAAGGAUGGCAAGAAAAUGAAGGGUAUAGGCUUGACGUUCCACCGGACGUACCUGGACACCUGCUUCGGAAACAAAAGCAUCAGCAAGUUUUAUCCCAUUGGAGAUGGGCAGGUGCAACUAUCAGACUUCAUCGACAUCCAGCCGGGGCAGGUGUACGAGAGUUCUCUAACGUUCGCGCAGUCUCGAGACAAGCUCGCGAGCGGGGUGCUGACCCUAUGCCCCAUGGAGGUGCGCUCCGUCUUCGUCAAUCAGACGCGACAACCCUGAGGGCAACCACACACCAUGAUAAAACGAGUGACGCUCCGAAGGAGCUAGGAAUCAGUGAAACGGGUGGUUUUUAUAGGACUUUUGUUACUAGCGGAGGUUGACGUGAUUUUUGAAUAGAUUUUUAACUGACAUGCAAGACUGUAAUUGUUAAAUAUCAUUUUGUAGAAGCAAGAAAUCUGCUUUAUUUAUCAACGAAUUUUUAAUUCGAAUAUUAGUGCUGCCUUCAGUUGUCAGGUUUUCGCCAGUUGUAAAUAAUUUACCGUCAAACGGUAAAUUAUUGAGGAUUGUUGUUAAUUCGAAUAUUAGUGCUGUCUUCAGUU